CUUGCAGCUGAUUGCAAUGCCAUACUUAAAGCUCUACAGCCCAUUUUUCAGGAGCAGGGAAUGACAGAAACAGUUCAUAACUGGGAAGACCAUGGUUAUUUAGCAACCUACAUCAAAAAAAAUGGCAGUUUUGCCAAUUUGAGAAUUCACCCUCAUGGAUUAGUGUUGGUGGAUCUGCAGAGCUACAAUGAUCAUACAAAAGGAAGAGAAGAAGUCCAUCAGCUUCUAAACAAAGUAGAAGAAAGAAUGAAAGAAUUGUUUCAUGGCAAUAUAAAAAGGGUGAAACGAUUGCCAACCAUUUUGAGAGGAGGUGUCGUUGAUAGAUACUGGCCCACAGCUGAUGGCCGCCUGGUGGAGUACGACAUAGAUGAAGUUGUUUAUGAUGAAGAUUCACCUUUUCAGAAUAUUAAAAUCCUGCAUUCAAAACAGUUUGGGAAUAUUCUUAUCCUCAGUGGGGAUGUUAAUCUGGCAGAGAGUGACCUGGCAUAUACUCAAGCCAUAAUGGGCAAUGGAAAGGAAGACUACACUGGGAAAGAAGUGCUAAUCCUAGGAGGUGGUGAUGGAGGUAUACUAUGUGAGAUAGUCAAACUGAAACCAAAGAUGGUUACUAUGGUAGAGAUUGACCAAAUGGUGAUCGACGGGUGUAAAAAAUACAUGCGUAAAACAUGCGGAGAUGUCUUAGACAAUCUGAAAGGAGAGUGCUAUCAGGUUCUGAUUGAAGACUGUAUUCCUGUGCUGAAGAGGUAUGCCAAAGAAGGAAGGAUGUUUGAUUAUGUAAUUAAUGAUCUGACGGCUGUUCCAAUCUCCACAUCUCCAGAAGAAGAGUCCACAUGGGAAUUUCUGCGGUUGAUUCUUGAUCUCUCAAUGAAAGUCCUGAAACAAGAUGGAAAAUACUUCACGCAGGGAAACUGUAUCAAUCUGACCGAUGCCUUGACUCUGUAUGAAGAACAGCUUAGCAGGCUCUAUUGUCCUGUGGAAUUUUCAAAAGAAACUGUGUGUGUUCCCUCCUACAUGGAACUAUGGGUAUUCUACACUAUUUGGAAGAAACAAACUGACAUCUGAACAUCAAGAUUAUUUGAGAUUAUCCUAAAUGUACAUGCUGCAUGGAGCAUAUAGGCCUGCCACAUGCUGCAUAUUGGCAUCUUGAACCUUUAAAUUAUAUGCUGUAGAUGAUCCUGAAACUUACUCAUGCUAUUGAUUGUGAAUUCUUUAAAUGUUUUUAAUUAUUAUUUUAAUUUAAAAGCAAAUGGAAAAAAUGUAUAUUUUGAUGAGCUAGGGUGUUAUUUUUGAAAGUCAACUUAAAGAUGAAUAAGCAGCAAAGCUAUAUAGCUGCUGAAUGCACUGAACCUUUAGAAUGUGAUCCUUUUUAUUUUUUUGUAGAUCUUCACAAACUGAUUGAUUAAAAAAGACAUCUUUAGCAUUUCAUCCCUGAAGGGUGGUCCAUGGAGUUUGUUUUGGGGUUUUUUUUUGUUUUCCACCAGAUUUCUUUAUCUGUGGUGCUUUUUAAGAAUGGAGGGGGGUUUGUUUGAUUUUUUUUUUAAAUGAACGCUGCAGUGCUUCCAUAUAGAGAAAAAGGGUAUAACUGAAAAAAAAGAGGGGGGGGGGAAAUCUUCUGAAAGGAUAUCCCAAAUCCUUCAUUGCAAAGAGAAGAAAGCUAGUAGUCUUAAAUUUUUAUUUACUAUAGUUUCAUUCAUCAUUGCUGUAAUCUCUUCUGCAGAAGAAUCUUUGUCCUUUCACCUCAUGGAAUUCUUUAGCUGCUGCUGUAUUGAUUAUUUGGAUUUUGGUAUGGAUUUAACAGUAGGCUAUAGAGGCACUUUGAACUCUAUUAGCAUGGAAAUUAAAGCUGGUUUUCCAUCCCACCACAGUGCAAGAAAUUGAGUGUAGUGAGGUUCUUGUGGGCAUAUACUCCUCAACCUUAUGGGAAGCACUAGGUUCAUGGAGAAAGAAAGGUCCCUUUAGAGGGUAAAGAGUUAUGGGUGUGAUUUAGAUUCAUGUGCACCAGUAUUGAAUGUAUUGAGGCAAGUAUGUAUACUUCAGUAGGGUAAGUCCUGGUCAUAUUGCCACAGAUUGACCGUGUUGUGUGGGGCUCUUACUGAAUUAGAUUUACUUGCAGUGUAAAAAUCAGUGGAAGCUAGGUUGCAUUGUAGUUUUGCUCUGAAAGAUAAAAGUAUUUUUCUUUUAACUGUUUCUCAUGUUGUCACAAGAGUUAUAUUUUUGAAAGAAUGUGCUAUGUACUGACUAAAACUUUGCUUUCAGUGUUUAAAAGAUCCCACUUGAAAGGAGGUUGGAAGGAUGUAACCAUUCUGUGAAUUUCUGUACAUUUCCAAGGUAGAAAAAAAGGUGCAGUAU